AUGGCAUCUGCAUCCCCGAUGCCAGAUGACGAUGGUGCAACCAAGCCUAAAACCCAGCCUUCAAAUCCUCCAGCCCUAGCGAUUGUCAGGCAGAAUGCUUCCAACCUUCCACGAAAUCUCCCGGUCAAGAGAUACGAUGGAGACCCGCUUGGGAGGGCAGACGUACAGCAUUCGCUCCUCUGCUACCUCUUCUCGGACACCAGGCGCGUCUUUACCAAUCCACGUCCGAUCCACGGCGCUCAAGACGUCAAGGCGAGCGGCUCUGGCACUGGCUCUGGCUCAACGAAUCCGGUCGCAGUGCCCGCACCCGUCUACCCAUUCGGCAUGUCGGCAGGCUGCGUGAGGCCAAGCGGCGAGACUGAAGAGGAAUACCAAGAAUGGAAACAAUCAAGGGAACGCUACCUCCGCUGGAAAAAGCGCCUCGCUCGCAAGGAAAAGCUCGCACGCAAAGCUGCCGCCGCGGCUGGAGCUGCCGGAUCGAACGAAGACGCUGCAAACACCGACGCCGAAACCAACGGCAACGAGGAGAAGGAUGAACUCGCUGACGGCGGCAACGACGAUGAUGGCGACCCAGCUCAAGCAGAAGGAGCAGCAGAUGACGAAGACCUCGAUGACGACAACGAGCCUUUCGACGAAAACGAGUAUCCCAAGGCUGGUGCAGCCAAGCUCACUUUCAAGGAGCUCUACAUUGAGGCUCUCCUGAACAGUACCAAAUGCACCAAGUCUAUGCGUGACAAGGUCCUCGACGAUGAGGAAUAUGCAGAGGACUUUGCCAAGGUCUGUCUUCUGGUCAAUGUCGGUCGGAUCAACACCACGCUCGCGUUUUACCCAGAGAUGAAGACCAUCCUUCGCUCCUACCAUCCCAUUCCAUCGCUGCAGAACAACGAAAACACACGGCGCAACAUGCAGGAUGCUCCCCGAAUGAAGUCGCUUCUGAAAGGUGUCCUCAUCGACACGGAGAGACCUGCUCCUCCCACUGCUGGACCAUCAGCAGGUCAACCCAUCAAGCCGCCCAAGCCCAACGCGCUCAGCGAAGAGGCACCCUCCGAUUUCAGAGAGGUCAUCAAACGCUUCCGCGCUGGCACCACGCCGCCAACGAGUGUAGUGACACUCAUCUUUUUGCUCUCGCUGCAUGCCAACGAGGUGACGGAGAUGCACUUCCCUACGCCGCACGAUUCGCAUUCGCUCUUCUAUCCGCACGCAGACCACCCUCUACCCUCAAGACAAAGGGCCAAUGCUUUCAUGUGGAUUCUCUAUCAUUACCUCGAAGGUCCGGCGACUCGACCGCCGGGUGAGCUGCCGAAUCCGUUUGAUGACGAGACGUCUCUCAACGCUGCCAAAGAUGCUGCUGAUGCGUACGCCAACAAACUCACAGACGAGGAUAGGAAGAAGCGCGCCAACGCACCAUGGAAGGGCAUCGUGAAUCCAGACUGGCAAAAAUGGAAGCUGGCGCAGGACAAGGCAAACGGAGAAGCUGACGAGAGCGCUGUACGUAUCACCAAGAAGGACGCGGCUGGCGACAAUGUGAAGAAGGAGGCGGUCAAGGAUGGUGAUGUGUCGAUGGACGACAACGCUGAUGGACAGGACAACAAGGAGGGGGCCGACCAAGGUAUGGGUAAGGAGCCGCCUUCGUAUCUGCACCGUUUGAUGGUGCCAACACUCGUCACUAUGACCAAAGAGGAAGCGGCAACGGAGAACGUCGACACAGAAGAAGAGAUCCGAUGGGGGAAACAGAUGCAGUCAGAACGAGCUACUUUCCUUGCCAAGUUUCAAGACGAAGAGGGUGCCAAUAAAGCGGGAUUUGCGGGCUCGCCUGCGCCUUCUGCUGGAGCUGGUAGUGGCAAAAUGCGACGUAUUGGCGGUCACUCCUCUGCAUCUAACGCGGCUGCUGAUCGCGGUUCGCUUUCUGAAGCCGAUAGCUCUCGGCUCAAGCGACGUCACCCCGGUGCAGCGGCUGGCGAUGUCUCGAAAAGAUCGCGUAUGGCUAGCCCAAUCGACCUUGAUGAAUCUUCUCUGGAUGCCGAUGCCACUGAAGCUGCGGCCGGGGAUGCGGCUGCGUUAGCCAACCCGCUUACUACCGAUCCAUACCUCAACCCUGCCGUUGCCAUCUCGGACCGCAUCCGUCGUCCACUUUGGGACCUCGACCUGAGUGUGCCUCGACAACACCGCGUUUCGGACUCACUUCCGCAUAUCGCAUGGACGCGUAUCCUUGAGCGCGCACAACGCGGUGUCGGCGACGCAUGCUACGAAAGCGACGAAGACGAAUUCGCGCUCGAAGAGGCACGGGAGCCCGAACGCAGUCGUUCGGAAAUCUGCCGCAUCCUAACAGGACUCCAGGGCGUAGUGCGACACGACGUGUUUGAUCAGGACAACCACAAGGUCAGGGUCAAAUACGGCGGAUAUGAGCGCGAUGCCGCCAACGAAAAUGGAGGCGCCGAGUAUGCCGGUUCGUACAGACGCACGUCGGUUGACCGGCCCAGACUGGAUCUCUACUCGAGCAGCACACCCGUUCCAAGACAAAAGUAUGAGCAGGAAGAGGGCAGAAGGACCGAAGACGUUGAUGACCUGGAAGAGGCGCUCCUAGGCGGUGAGCCCGAGCCGAGGAGGAGGAGUAUUGGCAGGAACGGCUAUCCGCCUGUUCGUGCUUGA